AAAAACAAAGGUGUUGCUGGGAAAAACUAUUUUAAAUAAUUAAAUUCUCUAUCAGAAGAAUCGAGUUGUUAAUUUUCAUUUACAAAUCACUGUACAUUGCUCGUCCAUUUGUCACUGUGGGUAUUGAUAUGACAAACUCAUUGGAAUUUGCUGAAAACACAAUGAACGAAUUGCUGGGUUGGUAUGGAUUCGAUAGUGUCGAUCGCCUGGACAUCUCUGCGAAAACAUCAAAACUGUUGCAAACUGCCGGUCUAAUCAAUGCCCAACAGCAGCAGCAUCAACAACACCAGAUGGAGCGGCGUCGUAGCCGAAGUAAUCGUGCAAAUGCUCUGAUGCAAAUCCAACAGCAGCAGCAACAACAACAAAAUGAUCAUUUACGUACAAGUCUGGCUGGUGGCAGUAGCGCCACUAAAAACAACCACAACAGUAUUGCUAAUAGCACCAGCAGCAACAACAACAACAAUACCACCACAUGCAGCAGCACCACCACCCGCAAUAAUUAUCGUGGCAAUGAUAGCACAGCCUCGGAUCAUGACACACGCAGCUCACGGGAUGAUGAUUCGAAAAGUCCACAUUCUACGGGUUUGCUAACAGCAGCGCCAUCUGCAUUUGAUGAAAAAUCAGAAAAUUGCUGUUGGUGCCGGCGUCCAGUGCCCGAAAAUGCUCCCGAAUUCUUGACCACCUCCGAUGGACCCCGCUAUUGCUCCGAAUCAUGUUUUACGCAAAGCCGCAGGGCCUCCUUUAAGAAGGCCAAAACCUGCGAUUGGUGCAAACACAUUCGUCAUGCCGUCAGCUAUGUGGAUUUUCAUGAUGGUGCUACCCAGCUACAGUUUUGCUCCGACAAAUGCCUAAAUCAAUAUAAAAUGCAAAUAUUUUGCAAAGAGACCCAGGCCCAUUUGGAUAUGAAUCCGCAUUUAAAGGAGCAGGGCCUGGAGGCGGCCAGCAAUGGUGCAAAUUUAAUAACACCUGAUUUGUGGUUGAAAAAUUGUCGCAGUCGCUCGGCCUCACCGGCAUCGACAGUGUCCACAUCGCCCAUACCCAGCAGUUGUGGCGGGAAUCUAGCAGAACGGCCAGUUAUGCGGCCAAACAGUCCCUUAAGUCCACCGGGCAAGCUUACGGCAGGUGGCAACAAUCCAACGCAACACUCAACAUCUGUUUCAGGAACCUACAAACCCUUGAUCUCAGUGGCUCCAGUCUCCAAAUUAAUGUCCAAAAGUCCGGGCAUAAUAGCAAGCGCACGCCAAUCCCCCAAACAUAAUCGCAAGAAAAGACCCCUAAAGGCAUGUCCAUCCACAGAAGUUUUGAACAAUCGCCCAGAACCAAAGGCAGGUGCCAGUGGUAACAGUUGUCCCAGCCUGAAACCCAAAUCGUUGUUACCACCCCUGGCAGAGGCAACUCGUGGUGGCAGUUUAACUCAGAACCAGACACCCUCCCUGACUCAAUUUGCAGCUUCCUGUGUCCAAGAUUUACACAUGAAUGUGCCACCUUUGUCACCAAUGUUGGAAAGUCCUGCCGGAUCACAACCCAGCACGCCCCACAAUUUACCACCUCCUCCUGGGAUGGCAACAAAUGGUGGCGGGGGACGUAGUACCACCAUACCAACGGCUUUCUUUGCCACCCCACCCAAUUUGGGAACGGCAUCACAAGCGGGACCACUGCCUCCCCCACCCAUGGGAGCAGCAUUUCCACCACGACCUCCACCAUCAUUCAUGGCCACACCUGGUGGCCCCUGGCCAAGAUUUUUGGGCAAUUUCAUGGGUUUGCCACAGGCACCCAGUGUGAUACCGCCCGAUUUGUCAGCAUUUAAUGCUUUAGUUGGUACCCCGCCUCCAGUGACCGUAAUGGUGCCAUAUCCUGUUAUUAUUCCCCUGCCCAUACCAAUACCAGUACCCCUGCCAGUGGUGGAUUUUUAUAAGGCCUAUAUGACAGCCGAGGAACGGCAAAAGUUCGAUGAGCAACAAAAUAUUAAAAAGGAAUCAGCGGCCGACAACUGUUCGGCAAAUGAUGAGCCUUUAGAUUUUACCAAAACCAAGGAGUGCUGCCAGGAAAAUACCGAAAUACCAAAUGAAACAAGAAAGUCCAGCUUUUCCCCAGACGAAGCCACUGAGGAGACAAGAGAAGAACAGCCGGAUGAAGAACCCGAAACAUCUCAAACGAAUACCACCACAAAUUCUCCCAGCAAUGAAGAUGGGGUCGCAGCCUCCACCAUCCUACAUUGUGUCAUUAGCUCAGCCAGUCCGCAAGAAAAGUCACGCAACCAGGAGGAGAACUCUCCCAGUGCCACUGGCCACACUCAGACGACGGAGGAGGUAAAUGCCGAUGAUACAGCCAACGAAGAAAACAAUCAGAGGUUACCGAAAUUGAAAAUAACCCGAUUACAAACCAAACGAACUCUCAUACAAACCAAAGAAUCCGAAUGCUCAAGGCCGUUGCGCAAGCGUAAACGCAUUAUAGACUGUGAUUUUCAAAAGAUCGCAACAACGAAGGAACCAUUCGACGACGAAGACAAUGUCGAUGAAACCCGUAAGAAUUGUGAACCGCCGAACAAUACACGAACGACGACUGAUAUGGAAAUAGUAAAGGGCCAACAGAAUAACAAUAAUAACAAAUAAUUGAUAAAUGCAAUCUAAUGUGGCGUUUCCACUGCACUUGAUUCGCUCUCUAUUCGUUGUUUGACCCUUAACUAUGAAAAAAAUACUUAAUUCUUCACACAAAAUUUCCUGAGCGAACACUCAUAUUUGUACAUAGUUCAAAUCAAAUCACUCUCAGAACAACGAAAAUGUAUGUCCCAUCCCUAAAAAAUGAGAGCAUUUAUCGAAAAAAUAAAUUAUGACAUUUAAAAAUUAAAACUAAAAAACUUUAAUGAAAUUUUAAAAAUUUUUGGGAAGACUGAAAAUUAUGAAUGAAAACUACAAUGUUGAAUGGCGUAUGUACAUUCAAACGAAAGUACAUUUUGUUUUCUCUUUCAUUAGAGGUACGCAUUUUGUCCACGAGUUGAAAUUUCCAUAGAAAACUGCAAACAAAAGAGGCAAUAUUUUCAAAAUGUUUGUAUCUGCAGAAAAAAAUGUUGACAAGUGUCUCUCCAGCAAAAUUUAAAAAUAGAAAAAUACAAAAAUAUGUUCAAAAUGUCAAAAUUAAUACAAAAAGUUGAAAACAUGAAUGAAAACUGUAAAAUUAAUGAUAUAAUUAUUCUUUGGAAGAAAAACAAUAAUUUCUUCUA